UGACGCACAAAAAGUCCAAAACCUUCAUUGAUUUCUCCGCCUAGUGUGUGCUCGUUUUAAACUUGAUCUCCUUCAUGAUUUAAUAUCCCCUCAAAAUCAGCAAACAAAAAAUAAAUAAAUAAAAAUGGCUUCGAUAACAGUCGGAGCUGCAACAUCACUCUCGUCUUCCACCUCAAUUCACACCAAAAAGUUACACUUAUGUUCUCGCACAUCACUUUCAGAGAGGAAAGCGAGUUUUGUUGUGGUGAGAUGUGGCGGUACGAAGAUGGACGAUGGUUCGAACCGGAUUGGUGGCAGAGCUGACCAGUUGGUUACGAAUGCGGUGGCGGCAAAAGCUAAUACUCCAGCAGCAGCAACUGCAUCUAAGCCUGGUCACGAGUUAUUACUCUUUGAAGCGCUCCGAGAAGGCUUAGAAGAAGAAAUGGAACGAGACGCACGCGUUUGCGUCAUGGGAGAAGACGUAGGCCAUUACGGUGGCUCAUACAAGGUCACAAAAGGACUCGCAGAAAAAUACGGUGAUCUACGCGUCCUCGACACCCCGAUCGCUGAAAACUCAUUCACGGGUAUGGGUAUCGGUGCCGCCAUGACGGGUUUACGACCGAUCAUCGAAGGCAUGAACAUGGGUUUCCUCCUCCUUGCUUUCAAUCAAAUCUCCAACAACUGCGGCAUGCUCCAUUACACAUCUGGCGGUCAGUUCAAAAUCCCGGUUGUUAUUCGAGGCCCUGGCGGCGUCGGGCGGCAGCUUGGGGCGGAGCAUUCGCAACGUCUCGAGUCGUAUUUCCAAUCCAUUCCCGGGAUUCAAAUGGUCGCGUGUUCAACCCCGUAUAACGCCAAGGGGUUGAUGAAAGCGGCUAUUCGAAGCGAUAAUCCUGUAAUACUUUUUGAGCACGUUUUGCUUUAUAAUCUUAAAGAAAGAAUUCCGGAUGAAGAGUAUGUUUUAAAUUUGGAGGAAGCGGAGAUGGUUAGACCGGGCGAACAUGUGACGAUUUUGACGUAUUCGCGUAUGAGGUACCAUGUGAUGCAAGCUGCGAAGACGUUGGUCAACAAGGGGUAUGACCCGGAGGUUAUUGACAUAAGGUCGUUGAAGCCGUUUGAUUUGUAUACGAUUGGGAACUCGAUUAAAAAGACGCAUCGUGUGCUUAUUGUGGAGGAAUGUAUGAGAACCGGUGGGAUUGGCGCUAGUUUAACUGCAGCUAUUACUGAAAACUUUCAUGAUUAUUUGGAUGCGCCGAUCGUGUGUUUGUCGUCACAGGAUGUGCCGACACCGUAUGCAGGGACUCUAGAGGAGUGGACUGUGGUUCAGCCGCCGCAGAUUGUGGCUGCAGUUGAGCAGCUCUGCCGCUAGGAAGGGGGCUAAUAUGGAAAUGUAAGAUUAAUCUUCAAUCUGCAUUCUCAUAUUUAAAUUUGCUGUUAUUCACUUAUUUUUUAUACUUGUGAUCUUUUUGUUCUCUGUUCAUUCUAGUUAUGUUUAUCAGAUAAUUUAUAAAUUUUGUUGUCAAUUGUUAUGGACGUUAGGAGCGACUUUCUUAAUGUAACUGUUAUAUAUAACACGGAAAGUUUAUUAAUGUUACGGCUUCACACA